AGGCGGUAGAUCUCGCGCGUUGUGCGUUGCUAGGAUACACAGACACACUGUAGGUGAGUCUGAGUGUUUUCAGAAAGUGUGACAUUGCUUUCCUUACUUUAUGAUGGAACUGCAAGAAAAUAAAACGCCACAACCUGAACCUGAAGAGCUUUUGGAAGAAAAAAAUGAGGUUGAAGAAUCAGUCGAAGCUGAAAAUCCUGAGGACAGAAUCAAGGCUCGUCGAAAUCGGAUGGCUGCACGGGCCCAGGCCAAGAAACGGCAGGAGCUUGGAGAAGACAUCCAGGAGAAGGAAAAAACUAAAGAGCCAGAUUGGCCGAGCCAGAGACAAAUUGAUCAAAGCGAAAGACACAUGACUAAACUGAAAGAAGAGAGUUCAGAGCUGGUGAACAACAUUUUGGUGGCAGGUGAUGCCAAGGAGUCGAAGAGGAGAUUAGAAAUCAGAGAAGCGAGCAGACUAAGAUUGGAGAAGCUGGAAAAUGAAGCAAAGUCAAGCACAGAGAGGCUGGAAAAGAUAAUGAACAAGUGGACUGAGGCCAAGACGAAAAAGUUCCAUCAGGAGCUGAGAGACGAUUUGAAUAAACAGCAAGAACUCUGUUGGCAAAUCAUUGAAGACAAGAACAAGCUCAUCACUGAACUGCAGCAGGAGCUAAAAGGAAGAGAUGAUCGCUUUGUCAAAGAUCGCAAGAGGGAGGCAGAAGAAGUGGAUCUUCUGAUUGAACGAAUGCAGGAGCAGAUAUCAGUGAUGAAGAAAAACUGUAGAAAAGAGCUGGAUGCAAUAGAGAGCUCGUUCAGUGAGGAGUGGAGGGAUUUGUUCACAACCAACAAGAACGAAUGGCAGCAGCAGAGGCAGAAAAGAAAUAACAAAGAGCUGGAGUUCUUCCUGGAGACAAUGAAAAUGUUGGAGGAACAGGAAGCCAUACUGGAUCGCCUGAGAACAGAGAGCGCAGAGGAGCUCAACAAGAUCAAAAUCAAACUAGAGACUCGUGUAGAGCACCUAGAACAAGACCUGCAGGCAAGAAAGGCUACAUACCAGCUUAAUCAGGAGAAGCUCGAGCAUAACAUACAAAUGCUGAAGAAAUAUGGAGAUGAUCAUAUCAUCGGUAGAUCUCAGCAAAUAAAGAAGAUCACCAGAAUGCAGGAUAUGUGCAACAAACUGAAGAAAAAAUGUGCCGUUCAGGACCAGCAGUUUGGUGAAGAUAUCAAGUCAUGGACUAAUAAGUACAAGUACCUCAUCCAGCAGUAUGAAGAUUUUCAGAAGAGGAUCAGGCACUUUACGGCAGUCAAUACCAAGCGUUACAAGGAGGUUUGGAGGAUGAAUGAAGAUGAGGCCAAAGAAUUGGCGUGCAAGGCUGUGGAUACGGACCGUGUUAUUUAUGAACAGGUGUUGGGUCUGCCCUGGAGUCCCCCACCACUGCCCUUCAUGGUUCAUUUAAAAUCCAACCAGCCACUUCGAACAGCACAGCAAGUGGCCACACAAGUUCUGGAAGAGAAGGACGAGACACAGGAUCUGACAGAGCAAGAGAAAAGUACGCAGGAGGACUCCAGCGUUCUGGAUAGCAUCGUAGACGGGGUGGAUCAUAAAACUGUAAAAAAGCUGCUGGAGCUUCUGUGUGAUGAAACGGGUUUUUUUAUAGAAAGUAAGUUACACACGCUACUCUCGUCCUUGAAGAAAAAUGAACAGACUACUUUAAAGCUUGACUGUAUCUUUUAUGCCAUGGGGAUUGAAAAUGAAGAGGAUAUAAACAAAAUGAUCAAGUUCUUCCUUAAAUACAAAGAGCAGCAAAAAGAGAAGACGAAUAUAUCAGUGAAUGAUCAGGCAGAGGAGGAGACAAAUCUUAUCGACCCGAAUGAUCUUCUAAGAGCUCUUCGAGCCUUCACUGCCCAGUUCUAUAAGGCCAGAGAACUUCCUCAAUACGAGGGCAGUGCUCUAGUGCUGGGGAGGAUGAGUGACUCUGCGGUCGAAAGUUACUGGGAGAGCAUAGCUAAUAUCAUCCCUGUGUCCAAGCUCAAAGUUUGGAGGGCGCUGGAGUCAGGUCUUACGAAGUACCAUACUGAGCUGACUGAGAGGGCCGAGCUUCUGACUGAAACACAGCAAAUCAAACAACAAAACUCAGAGCUCCGCAUGCUUCUGCACACAUAUCAAAGCUCAAAGGUCAAUGCUGAGCUGAUGAUUCCGCCCAACCAGUUGAUGCAGUGAUGAAGUUGCUUCUCCAUCACUGACGCUGAAGUAGACAAAUCGAAUUUGUCACAUUACAACUGGCACUGGUUACAAUUGUCCAGAUUCUUCAAGUGUGUGAAUCAAUGAAACGAGAACAACACGUGUGCUCAAUAAAGUGUCUAGUGUAAAAUG